GCUGCGCUGGCAGGGUGCGCGGGAUGCCGGGGCUGUGGGAGCGGCUGGCGAGCAGCGAGCGGGGCCGCCUGGAGACCUCCGACUGCGAGUCACUGGGCAGCGCCUCCGGCUCGGAGGGAGACGCCGAAUAUGCUGAAGGCAUCUCCCUGCCGGACCUGGACCUGCUGCACGACCCCGAGGAUGAGCUGCUGUGUGCCAACCUGAUGGAUGUGGUCCAGGCCACGCUGGGCAGAGCCCCCCUGGGUGCCAAGCGCUGCUCCCGGCUGCUGAUGCCGGCCCAGCUCCUGGCACAGGUGAAAACGGAGCUGCUGCGCCUGGCCUGCAGCGAGCCCUGCGGGCUGCGGGGGGCCCUCCUCGACCUCUGCGUGGAGCACGGCAAGGCCUGCCACGACGUCGGGCACAUCGCCGUGGACCCCGCCGUGGUGCCCACCUUCCAGCUCACCCUGGUGCUCCGCCUGGACUCCCGCCUCUGGCCCAAGAUCCAGGGACUGUUCACCUCCGGGCCGGCUUUCACGCCGCUGAAGCUGAGCACGGGCUUCAGGGUCAUCAAGAAGAAGCUGUACAGCUCGGAGCAGCUGCUGAUAGAGGAGUGCUGACGGCCGUGCCGGGGAGGAAGCGACUUACCCAAGUGCUUUGGAGGAGCCGGCUCCCGGCAGCCGCUGUAGUUUAGGCUAGGCUGGAGUUAGGGCUGUAGGUGGAAGUAGUUUGGACAGGUGAAGGUCCCACCGGGCUGCCUGCCUUUGUCAGGGGGUGUCCCUGAUGUGGAGCGGACCGGGACUGAGGCGGAGGUCGCUUCACACUGUCGAUGAUUGUGGGAUGAUUGAGGUGACCGAGCUCCCGGCAGCAGGGCUGCUGAGGGGGGCAGAUGGUCUCCUGUCGGCUGAUCAAUCAUGAUUGGGUUGUUUGGGUUUUUUUGUAGUAACGAGGAUUGUAAUCAAUGGGGCUUCGGGGAGGGGGCGUGUGU